AUGCUGGACAAGACACCGCAUGCGUUCCUACUGGGGAGGCGCUGUCCAUGUGCUGCAUCCAAGCAAAAUGUCAGCUCACCAAGAAGGCGGAGAUAUACCUCUCAACCCAAUUUCUAUCACAAUAGAAUCUUGGAGCAAUAUGCAUCGCAAGAGACGAAACGCGUGACACUGCGGCAACUGACAGUGUUUGGACGCACUUUGACGGAGGAAAAGCUGUUGAAGAGUGCCAACUAUGUCCGGGCGGAGUUGCCUGUGAGAUUGGCACAUCGGAUCUUCGACUUUCAGCAUCUACCAUUCAUUGUCGGUACGAAUCCUCACAUCGAACACAUAUAUAAGCUUUACUGGGAGGCGUUCGAGACAUUCCGAUCUAUCCCGCAAAUCACCACGCUAGAACAAAACCGGGAGUUUUGCGAUACUGUCGAGCAUAUGUUGGACACUCAUCUGGUCGCCAUCCCUCGGCUGGCUAUGGGGGUAGCGGAAUCGGGAGUGCAUCUUGCUGCACGUGAAGCAGAUCGAUUCAUGAAUGAAAUGCUGAGAUCACGGAUAGGGCGACGGGUCCUUGCGGAACAACACAUCACUUUGUCUGCAGUAUUUGACGGACGGGAAAGUCAAGAACCGCACUACAUUGGAAUUGUCAAUACGAGAUGUAGAGCUCAAGAUGUUGUGCAAAGGUGCUCAAAUCUGGCGAGUAGAGUUUUCGAGGAGGCUUUUGGUGUCACACCCCCGGAGGUAGCGGUGGAUGGCCACUUGGACGCCACGUUUACGUACAUCCCAGAUCAGAUCGAGUACAUCAUUUUCGAGCUGCUCAAGAACAGUAUGUGGGCCACCUUGGAAAAACAUGCUCCGGAAGUUCUCGUGCAAGCCACCAAAGACUCUGGAGCGGAGCCCGAAUUACACCGAGAAGACGAUACAAGACCUUAUAGAACAAGUUCAGGUAAUGCACCACGGUUGGGGGAGGCGUGGGCUGCCAAUGCAGCAUUGAGAAACGUGCGAGGGACUGCAAGAGAUCCCAUGAUACCAACACCCGAACAUCUUGACAUGACAGGGCCAUCGUCGUCGUACACUUCUUCCUCUGUACCCUCAUCAUCAUCAACAGCAGACGCAGUUACAAAGCUGCCCUCCAUCCGCGCCACGAUUGGAUCCGCCGACUCUCUGAUCACCUUCCGUAUCUCGGACCAAGGUGGCGGUAUCCGGCGCGAUGCACUGUCACAUCUAUGGUCCUAUUCCCAUCCGUCAAAACGCAAGUUUCUAAAUUUUGCUCACGUUCCGCGGCUUGCUGCAAAGGUGGAAGAGUCAGAGCAUCAUGUAGUUCCGACCGGUUUAAAGCUUGGGUUGGGUUUGCCCAUGAGCAAGGUCUAUGCAAAUUAUUGGGGAGGGGAUAUUGAGGUGUGCUCAAUGGAUGGAUAUGGUACUGAUGCAUAUGUUACGUUGAAAGUGGGAAAUCAGGUAGAAAAUCUCACUUAUACAGGUGGAUAG